AUGAAGAUGAAGAAAGAAGACAUUGCUAGGGGUUUAGGCAUUAGUAAGAUGGAUCAGACUAAUCAUUCGGGCAACAAGGUUUUACCGAUAAGCGAAACGACAUUGUCAACCAACAAUACAAGCACAAACGACCAAAGUGUUGGCACAUCAGAAAAGAAGGAAAAACUCAAGAGGGAUAAGGCCAAAACCAUGUCAAGAAUGAAGGAGCUUUUGAGGUGGGCUGCGGCUGCUAAAUCUGAGAGGGCGGGUAAAUUCAUAGGUCGAAAGGUUCUGCAAUUUAGAAACAGAGGAGCUCUUAAAGCAGUACCCGAUGAUGAUCAACUCAGCAAUGAAUCGCCCAAGAUCAGCUUUAGAUGGGAUGUAGAAAGCUGCUCCACAAUCUCCUCUGCUUAUUCAGCCAUUUCAGCGCCUUCUUCAUUGAAAAAUGAUUCAACCCUAAUCACACAACGGUCACUAUAUUCAAUCACUAACAUUCAUCAUUCAGAUCACAACCCACCAAGGAAAGGAAAUUGGAUCACAACAGAUUCAGAAUUUGUGGUGCUAGAGCUGUGA